CCUGCUGGGUGAUCCCAACUUCCGGUGAAAGGGGAGAAGAUUUACUCUGAGCAGGCCCGUCGUUGACCAACCUGUGGGUUGUCGAACCGGGUCUUGAGGUACUAAUCAUGGUUUAGUGACAGUGAAACGAUCGCCCAAUCAACACCUGUAAAGUAAGCAGAUUAUUUCCGCCUCGGACUUUGCUCCUUACUGUGAGCUUUCACCGUCACAGCCACAGGUUUGAGCGUUUAUCCCGCGACGGUCAGAGCUAGCCAGCUAGCUUUCAGAGCAGUCAUCCGAGAACCUCUAAAUUAGAUUCUGGUGUCCGUUUCAACAUGUCAACCGCCGGGUUCAACUCCCAGAACGGGACUGGGACGGGACAGACGUACACGAACGGUCCGUCACAGAAUCCCGUUGCUCUGCAGCAGCCGCCGGGGGUCGGCUACGGCAUGAAUCACCAGCCGGCCUACAACCCGAUGCAGGCCAAAGUAUUGGGCCCCCCCAGCCCCGCUCUGUACGCUUCUGGGCCGUACCAGCCGGUUCCGCCCGGCCCGCAGUUAGGGUCCUACCCUCCGCCGCCGGCCCAGCCUCUGCUGACCCGGCCGCAGAUCGGCGUUCUCCCGUCCCACACCCCCCCUCAGUCCGCCAGUCCGGGCCCAGGGCCCCGACAGGCUCAGGCCACGCCCCCAGCUCAGGCCACGCCUCCUCCUCCUGCUGUCACCUCCACCAGCUACUACACCGGCCCUCCAGCGUGGCAGUACGCUGCUCCCUGGGGCCCCGCGCCCAAUCAUGUGAAUCCAGCUGCUGCUGCGCCGCCCCACAUGUCCCACGGCUCCGCCCAGCUGCCGGGCCCAGGAGCCCCGCCCACCUCCAUACACGGAUACCCUCAGCCAGGCACCGCUCCUCCACCGAUGAACCCUCCGCCUCCCCACACAUACCAGCCCAACAGGCCUGCCUACGGUCCUCCACCCACAGCGCCCCCUGCUGGGCCCCCAGGAGCCACUGGCACACCUCCACCUCCCAAAGUUGAUGCUCAGUGCUGGAGGGCAGCCAGCAGCGCCCGGCCCCCCACUGAGCCCGACACCCAGGAAGGAGAUGUUGAAUGUCCAGGAGAUGUUGCAGGAAACGGCCCACAGGCACCAAACAGCUACAAUCACGUUGACAACAGAAUGGCUGGUGCAGCUCAGCCCGGGCCGCCUGGUCGGCAUUUGGGCCACUACCCGUCCCUGCCCCCCGGGUACCAGAACACCUUGGCUCCGCCUCCCUCCUCCCUUCACCCGGCGCUCCAAGCCGCCACGCUGCCGUACACUCAGGGACCUCAGCCGUACCAACAGCAGCCUGGCGGUCCCGGUCCGGACCAGCUGAGCCCGUCGAUGGCGGCCAUGAGCCUCCAGUCCGGCACGCCGGAGGCUCUGAGAGUGGUCAACCUGCUGCAGGAGAGGAACCUGCUGCCGCCAGCGCCGGUCCCCGCCCCGACGCCCUGCCUCACCCAGGACCUGCAGAAGCUCAACUGCAGCCCAGAGGUUUUCCGUUGCACGCUGACCAGCAUCCCUCAGACCCAGUCUCUGCUGAAUAAAGCCAAGCUGCCGCUGGGCCUGCUGCUGCACCCCUUCAAAGACCUCUCGCAGCUUCCUGUGGUGACGUCCAGCACCAUAGUGCGGUGUCGGUCCUGCAGAACCUACAUCAACCCGUUUGUUUCCUUUCUGGACCAGAGGAGAUGGAAAUGCAACUUGUGCUAUCGAGUAAAUGAUGUCCCAGAAGAGUUUAUGUAUAACCCGGUCAGCAGAUCAUACGGCGAACCGCACAAAAGACCAGAAGUCCAGAAUGCCACUAUUGAGUUCAUCGCUCCUUCAGAAUACAUGCUGCGGCCGCCGCAGCCGGCCGUCUACCUGUUCGUCCUGGACGUGUCCCACAACGCCGUGGAGACGGGUUACCUGAGCGUCUUCUGCCAGUCGCUGCUGGACAACAUCAAAGCGCUUCCCGGAGACUCGCGGACCAAAGUGGGCUUCAUCACCUUCGACAGCACCAUCCACUUCUACAACCUGCAGGAGGGGCUUUCCCAGCCGCAGAUGCUCAUCGUCUCCGACAUCGAAGAUAUCUUUCUACCAACACCAGACAGCCUUCUAGUAAACCUUAACGAAUGCAAGGAGCUUGUGCAGGAUCUGCUGAAGAGUCUGCCAAACUUAUUCGAGAAGACGAUGGAGACGCAGUCUGCUCUGGGCUCGGCUCUGCAGGCCGCCUUCAAGCUGCUGUCUCCCACCGGAGGGCGGAUGUCCGUCUUUCAGACGCAGCUGCCCAACCUGGGCGUGGGGGCGCUGCAGUCCAGAGAGGACCCCAACCAGAGAGCGUCUGCCAAGGAUGUCCAGCACUUAUCCCCAGCAACAGAUUUCUACAAGAAGCUGGCCCUGGACUGCUCCGGCCAGCAGGUGGCAGUGGACCUGUUUCUGCUCAGCGCUCAGUACUGCGACCUGGCGUCGCUUGGUUGCAUAUCCAGAUUCUCGGCAGGGAGCGUUUAUUACUACCCCUCCUAUCACCAUCAGCACAACCCGGCUCAGGUGGAGCGCUUCCAGAGGGAUCUGAAGAGAUACUUAACGCGAAAAAUCGGCUUUGAGGCCGUCAUGAGAAUACGAUGCACCAAAGGAUUGUCCAUCCACACGUUCCACGGAAACUUCUUUGUGCGUUCCACGGACCUGCUGUCCCUCCCCAACGUCAACCCGGACGCCGGCUUCGCCGUCCAGAUGUCCAUCGAGGAAAACCUGGACGACAUGCAGGUCGUCUCCUUCCAGGCUGCUCUGCUUUACACCUCCAGCAAAGGAGAGAGGAGGAUUCGGGUUCACACCAUGUGCCUCCCGGUGGUCAGUUCUCUGUCGGAUGUGUUUGCUGGAGCCGACGUUCAGGCCGUCACUGGGCUGCUGGCCUGCAUGGCUGUGGAUCGCUCUGUGACGUCCAGCCUGAGCGACGCCAGAGACGCCAUGACCAACGCCGCCAUCGACUCGCUGUCGUCGUACCGGCAGUCUGCGCUGACCAUCCAGCAGCCCGGCCUGCUGGCGCCGGCCUGCCUGCGCCUCUUCCCGCUCUACAUCCUGGCUCUGCUCAAACAGAAAGCCUUCAGAACCGGAACCAGCACCCGGCUGGAUGAGCGAGUGUUCGCCAUGUACCAGCUGAAGUACCAGCCGCUGGCGUUCGCCAUGCUGAUAAUCCACCCGGCUCUGUACCGCCUGGACGACCUGAGCGACGAGGGAGCGCUGAACAUCAACGAGCGGACCAUCCCCCAGCCCAGAGUCCUGCAGCUGUCGGUGGAGAAGCUCAGCAGGGAGGGAGCGUUCCUCAUGGACGCUGGGCUGGUGAUGUAUCUUUGGAUCGGACGAAACUGCCACCAAAACUUCCUCUCUCAAGUCCUGGGAGUUUCCAGCUACGCUGCCGUUCCAGAGAAGCUGUGUCUCCUUCCAGAGCUGGACACUGCAGAGUCCCAGAGAACCAGAGCGUUGGUCAGCUGGCUCAGGGACCAGCGGCCGUUCUUCCCCUCCCUCCACAUCAUCAGGGACGAGAGCCAGCUGAAGCCUCACUUCAUGCAGAACAUGAUCGAAGACCGGACGGAGUCGGCUCUGUCCUACUACGAGUUCCUGCUCCACCUGCAGCAGCAGAUCUCCAAAUAACCAGCAGUGCAUCGGGGAGAGGACGUUCGCCGUGUGUAUGCGUGUGUGUGUUAGGAUGUCUGUGUGUGUGUGGGGCAGAAAGAUGCAGCGCUCUACACACCCUCCAGCUGCGAUCCGUCAUCACCUAGAAAAUCCUGAGCGGACCGUCGGAUCAGAAUCUGUGACGGACGGAGGAACUGGACUCUGUCAUUUCUGUGUCCGGCUGAGUCGGCCAUGUUGAUCAUAAUGGCGUUUAUCGGAUGAAUCAGUGUUUCUUUUCCUCAGAACAAUGCUGUCAGACCGAGGUGUCGAUCAGAUGUAGGACUGGCGCUCUCUAGUGUUUCUGUUCCAAAAGCACAUUUUGUCUUCACUAACAAAUCAAACUCGUCUUCAUGAGUUCAUCUGCUUAGUGGGUUUAUGAGGCGGCUGAGCUUCGGCCAUCUUAACGUACCUGAAGGAGAGAGUGUUUCUUUUUCCCUUUUUUAGUCAUUAUAAUUGUUGAACAAAGCAUAGACUCUAAACCUGGAGGCCGAUGAAACGGCCGUCUCUGCUGCCUGGAAUGUGUCGACUCGGCGGCGGGGAAAAGGUCCAGUCGGUCAGACCUGUCCUCCAGAAACUCGUCCGCCAUCUUUUCUCUCUGGACUUUUCAGAACACCUCAGACGGCUUCGCUGUUCUGUUUUUCUUUAUUUUCUGACUUCUGUUAAUUUAUGAGACUCCCAAUCUGAUUAAAUUCUAUAAUUGCCUUGUAUGGGAACUCACUUUUUAUUAUUAAACCUCUGUUUAAAUACUGACUCUAUAUAUGAAAUAUUUUAAUAUAAUAGGAUAUGGGAAAUCUUUAACACAGGCGUGACGAAGCCAUUCUGAUCUUUUAAUCCUGCUUAUUGAUACUUGUAUAUUGAACAGACUGCAUUAUGUAAAGGAGAAGAAAUGCUGAUGAUUUUAGUAUAAAUAAGUUGAAAUGGAUGCUAAGAAAAUAAACAGUUUGGGACUUUUUA